UAAAAUUCAAAAUAACGCCUUCCAGUUCAUUAUUGGGUGGGAGAGACUUACCUAUCGGCGCUGUGAGCAGAGAUCAAAACCAGUUUCGUUCUCCAUUCAUAGCUCUCUCUGAAUCGGUUUCUUCUGCGCACUAGAAUUUAAAAAUGCUUCCACUUUCUCUGCUCAAGACAGCCCAGGGCCACCCUAUGUUGGUGGAACUGAAAAAUGGGGAAACAUACAAUGGGCAUUUGGUUAAUUGUGAUACUUGGAUGAACAUUCAUCUCCGUGAAGUCAUAUGUACCUCCAAGGAUGGAGAUAGGUUUUGGCGGAUGCCAGAGUGCUACAUCAGGGGAAAUACGAUUAAGUAUCUUCGAGUUCCAGACGAGGUAAUUGAUAAAGUUCAAGAAGAGACGAAGAGUCGUUCUGAUAGGAGGCCACCCGGAGUAGGGCGUGGAAGAGGCAGAGGUAGAGAGGAUGGCCCAAAACCAAAAGGUAUUGGCCGUGGAAUGGAGGACGCUGCUGCUAGAGGCAUGGGCGGUCGGGGCAGAGGUGGAACUGGAGGAAAGGCUGGUGGAAGCAGAGGUGGAGGGCGAGGCCGAGGAUACGAGGGGUAGAGGGGCGAUCUGCCACAGAGGCCACUAUAUCCUAAUCGCGCGAUGAAGCGAUAUAGGUGCAUUUUUGGCAUUUUCAGUAUCGAUUGGAUAGUGCUUAGUACAAAGAAGUUAAUGCUGAGAUUGGUAGAAGAACUUAGGUUUCACUAACAUUUGACCAUUACCAUUUGCGAAAUUUCUUGGUCUUCACUAGACCCGGAAUGGAUUUUGCAAUAUUAAAUGACACAAUAUUGCUACUCUUUA